GAAAUAUGAUUUUUACCAUGAGAACAUACGACAGCUUUUCAAAUUUAGGGAUGUAACCUUUAGUUAACAGACGCAAGUUCGUCUCAUGGUGCUUAUUGAGUUAUCGCAAUCCGUUAAGUGAACUUAAAAUAAACUAUAAAUCAUGAAAAAAGCAAACGGAAAAGUGAAUUCAGUUGAAAAUACUUUGCGUAAUAAGAGUGCUAGAGGUCGUUCUAAAAGUCAAAGCGAACGUAAAUCAGGAUCGUCACUUGGUAAAUCAGUGGAAAAAAGUGGCAGCGAACAUUCUGAUGCAGUGGAUGGAUCAUCAUUGGCAUCAAUCAGAGAAAGUCAUAAACCAUUAGAUAUAUUCAUUCAAAAUGAACUAAUGCCUAAUUGCAAACCGAUAUUUUUAUCAAAAUCAACACAACAAAUAUUUAAUAUUGUAACUGAUGAACAAAUUACCAAAGAAUCACCAAUCAUUUUAUUGAACAAAUCUGAUAUACUUAAAGAUUUACAGUUACGUGCAGCUGUAUCAGAUUUCAGUGUACAAAAAGUUGCAAUAAAAAAUUAUCCCGGUUCUGAUAUUUUAUUAAUUUACGAUGCAGAUUAUAAAUUUGGCCAAAAUUUUGUCAUUGUCUUAUCUGAAGAGACAAAAUCUCUGAUACUGAAUCCAAUUAAACAGGCAAUUGACGGUCAGUCAGAACAUGAUAGUGAUGGUGAUGUGAAUGAUGGAAUAAACAAUGAUGCGGAUAAAAUAGAAGAAUACAAAGAAGACAGUGAUUUAUGUUUUUUAUUUAAAUCGAGAUCAGAACAUGGUUGGAUUGAAUUAGGUUCAGAAAACGAAAUUGCCGAAAUGAAUACUUUUGAAACACGUUCAAAAGUGUGUACAAUUUUUCAAAGACCACGUAAAGAAUUUGGCAGUGUAUUACAUUUGCAAGAUGAAAGUGCUACAAAGAAAGGUUGUUCUGAACAGAUUUUAUCACGUGAAGAUGAAUCAUUUAAUAUACCUAUAAUGGAGUUAGAUAAAUCAGCCACAAACUGUGAAACCACAUGUGAUAAAGGUAUUAAUACGAAUUGGAAAUAUCCAAAAAAUGCUUUCACUCAAUAUGUUCCCAGAAUGUUUACAACUGAUGAAUUAAAACAUUAUUAUCAUGAAAAUAAUGAUGUUUUACGUAAUAUAUCAAAAUUAUACACACUAUUUGAACAAAGUUUGUUAGAAAAUGAAAUGUACAAUUUUUUAUUAAAUGAUUAUGAGAAUUUGCCGAUUGGUGAUGAAACUUAUGAUACAAGAAGUGACAAUACAUUCAAAGAAUUUUUAUCAUUUACUGAUUUAAAAUUUAGUAAAAAUAAAGCUAUUACAAUGAUUCAAUGGCAUCCAAAUAUUAAAGGUAUUAUUGCAACAUCUAUUAGUGAACGGAUAAUUUAUGAUCAACGUAUUGACCAAGCAUCAAGAAUUCUUUUACAACCAACACAUAUUAUAUUAUGGAGUUUUAAUGAUCCAUUAAAGCCUCAAUUAUUAUUACAUGCACCAGAUGAUAUUAUGUGUUUUCAAUUUAAUCCAACUAGUUCGAAUUAUAUAGCUGGUGGUUGUAUCAAUGGACAAGUAGUUCUGUGGGAUAUUGAAAAGCAUAUUGACGAUUUAACUAAUGUUAAAUCACGAUUAAAGCAAAAUAAUCAAAUGCCUUUAUUUGUUUUUGAUGAGAAUGAAUUAAAUAAAGUAUCAACAUCACAUUAUUCCGCUCUAAGUAAUAUUGAAUCAUCACAUAGUUCACCAAUUAUGGAUUUGAAAUGGAUACCGGAUCAUAUAGAAAUUAAUCGGUUAGGAUACUGUUUUGAAAAUCAUGCACAGAAAUGUGUUCAAUUAAUGACAUGCGGUUUAAAUGGUGAAAUAUUACUAUGGGAUAUACGACCAGAAAAAACACCAUUAGCUAUUAACAAAACAAGUGAUUCAGUUAAACCACCAAAUAAUGUACCACUAACAUUUUCGGCACUGGAUCUGAAAUGGAAACCAUUAUUAAGAAUACAUUUAUAUACAAACGAUCCAGUUAAUGACCAUGUACCAAUUAAAUUUUGUAUACGUGAAAUGCAGGGAGAUCGUAGAUUGCUAACGUCUAACACAAAUGAUUCUAGUAUCAAUGUAACUGACAACUCAUCUAAAUUACUUCCACUUCCAAACGCAGACACACAUAUUUAUGCCGGGACUGAAGAUGGUGUUAUAGUCUACGUUGACUGGAUACCACAUAAAGAUCAAGACACUGGGAAAAUGCAAACACCCAAACCAGAAUUUUGUUCUUCACGACAUGAUGGUCCAAUUAGUUACCUUUGUCGUUCACCGUUCGAUUCUUCCCUAAUCUUGGCUAUUGGUGGAUGGAUAUGGACAAUGUGGAAGGAAGGAGUUACCAAUGGACCGAUUAUAGAAUCUGGUCGUGCAAAUAAACCAUUAACAGGUGGCAGUUGGUCUCCUACACGUCCAUCAGUAUUUUAUACAUGUCGUGUUGAUGGUAGUAUAGAAGUUUGGGAUUUACUUGAUAAAACUUAUGAACCAACGAUGAUCCAGUCAAUAUCUGCUAAUUCACUAACUGCUUUGUCUAUAUGGGAUUCACCUAAACGUCAGUUUAUAGCUACUGGUGAUAUUCAAGGUGUACUACAAUUAUUUAUUGUACCUAGACGUUUACAAACUCCUUUACCAUCAGAAUUAAAAAAAUUCAGUGAAUACAUUGAACGUGAGGUGAAAAGAAAAGAAUUUGUCUCGAUGCGUUGGAAUUUAAGAGAGCAAGAGAAAAUUGAACAAGAAGCGGAAAACAAAAGAAAAGCUGGUUUAGCACCAGCUGUUAUGCUGAGCGACGAAGAAAUUAUUCAGAAAGAAAAAGCAAGUUAAAGGCAUAACUACUGUGUAGUAAUUGCGUUUAAUUCUAAUUAAAAUAAUUUAUUAAUUAAGACAAAUAUUGAGGGCAUUUUGAGUUAUAAUACUCUUAUCAAUGCAAAAAUUUUUUUUCGAAAAUAUGAUGCCUUAUUUAAAUAUAAGAAGUCCAUUAAUGAAGUGUCUAGACCACUUUGCUUAUCCUGAAGGGUUCGCGGCGAGACUAUAAUUUAUGGACGAACCAAUCAGAUUCAGGAUAACAAGUCUAGAAUUUUAACGCUAUAUUCAUUCACCUAUUUGUCUAUAUAGCGUUUCGGCAUUUUAGCUGCUGUCAGUUCGCGAUGAAAACCACAAUUGUAAUUCCUAACCCUAACCAUCAAUUGUAAACCAUAAUCCUUAUUCUUCAAACUGUUUUAUAACCCUUAUCUAGCUCUAGUAAGUAGGUGGACAUUUUCAAGGUCACUUUAGCGUCGCUCAAAUGUCGUUUAUAAAUUAUAGUCUCACCGAGUUAAACAUUUACUUAUCUAUCUAAAAUUUCUAUCUGAUAGCUCACUCCAUAUUUGUCUAAGGCUAUGAAACAGCCUAUGGAAGCCAAAAAUAUUGGGAGGUCGUAAGUAUUUGACCAAGGACGUCUUCAGAACAUUGAUCGGUUAUGAUGAAAUUACGGACUGGUUAGUACUGUAAUUGUGCAGAGAAGUUUAGACAGAAAUACGAGGCCAUUCAACAUAGCUUUAUAGAAACAAAGACUAUGAAAUGAAUCAUAAGACAAGUUUGAAACAGUUUUAACAACAAAUUCGCUAUUUAGCGGCGAAGAAAACCAGAAAUGAAAUUCACAUCAAACCUUAUAAAAUAGAGUUUCGCUGAUGCGAAAGGCUUUGACCAAGUACACAGAACACACGGAUUGCUCAAAAACAAUACUUCAAAAAUCACCUCAUCGAAUCUCAAAAUGUCAUUAGACGUACUCAUAGUUGUGGAGCCUGAUAAAAUAAGGUAAAGUUUCUUAAUUAAAGGAAAACUAUGGUAACACAAUAGAACUUAUCUCAAGAAAAUAUAAGAAAAUCAUGGUGAUUUUGAUGUUUACUAUGUAUUAAGUUAAUCUGGAUUUUAGUUCAGCUAGACGACCAAAAUGAAAAGGGAAAAGUCUUACGUUUUUUAUGUCAUUCAAGACAAGAUCGAAAGCUAAAACGUUUAAAAAGAGAAUGAAGAAUAUUGUUACAGAUGUUUAUUCUAAAGAGUUGUCAUCAUCUACAUAACUCUUGAAAACUGGGCAGUAUCGGACGUCUAUUCUUCAGAAGUGCUCAUGCACGACCUCACAGAAGAUCGAAAUCAAGACCUUCUGGUGUAUCAAGAAGCAGAAAACUUAAGCAUUGUCAUUUGAAUGUCGCGUUAUCAUCGGAAGUUUUGAAGGUCUUGAGUCCAAUCUGUAUUAGGGUCAUGAGCUCUUAAUGCUUGAGAGUCUCAUACUGAAAAGAAGCCACUGUUUAACACUUACUUUGUCAACUGCUUCACAAAUCAAUCCAUUAGGAAAAUGAUCUUUAAUACAAUAUAUAAAAACUUCUCAAUUAAACUUAUUAUUUGUCUAAUUACCAGGUAAUAUAUUCAUUACAGUUAAAACGUAUCAGAACUUCAUUUUCCUUUGAUCCUAUAAAAUUGUUUGGAAUCUAAUUUCUCCGAUUCAUAGUAAUGUAUAAACCAAACAGUCAAUAUUAUGUUAUGUCAGUGACGACAAUAGAAUAACCAAGUUUCAGAUAUAAUCAUACAUGAUUUUUAAAUGUUUUAUAUAUGAUUAGUUUAUUGUACAUAUAUUUAUAACUUAUUCUUUUUCACGAAUAUUUUAGUUGGAAUAUGAAAAGUACUUAUCAGAAGAACAUACUUUCUUAAGAUCAUUAGGACUAGUUGAAGAGGAUGAUUAGGAAGAAUAAAAAUGUAAAGGAAGAACAUUUGUUUGUCUUUUAAAAAUAUAGAAUCUUUCGAAACGACUUCUUUCACAUGAAUAUUAUUCAAUAUAUCGAUUUAAAUUAAUUGUACUCUUUUUAAGCAGUUGUUUUUUUUUCAGGAUCCAUUGCAGGUUAGUGAGGUUAUCUUUUGCAUGUAGGGCAAUUCUAGCUGUAUAUUAAGCCUAUCGUUUUAACUCUUACGAAAUCGAUAUAUUACCGAAAUUGAAUAAUAAAAACUCUUACUUUGUACAGUUUUAUCUAGAUGAUAAGCAAAGAGACAAGUAAAUUUUUCUAACAGCAUUCAGAAUUAGUAGUGGAAACAUGAACUAACGUAUCAACUAAAGGUUUAUAUUGGCUUUAUGACUACUUUUUGGAAAAAGACAUGGGAAAUUUAUAAACUCCACUAUUCUUCCAUGAGUUAUUGUAUGAAUGACUACACAUUAUUAUCUACUACUACGGAAGUCUUUUCAGCUUCCGGUGUUAUCUCAGUGACAGAAAAGCUAUGAAGUUGUUCAUACUGCUUAACUAACCAACCAACUGUAACCUAUUGCGGAAAUCUGACAAUCCUCUCGAGUAAUAAGAACUACUUUCUUGCUCAUACUAGAGUACAUUUAAUUUUUUUGGUACUUGAAUUUAUAUUCGGUCUCUCGAGUUGUGAUGAUGCUGGUGGCAGCCGUGUUACAUUCUCUACUGAAUUGAAUUUAAUCGUAGAUCGAAAGGCGGGUUGAUUAUUUUUCAUUUCUAAUAUAAAUGUACUGUAAGAUCCAUUUUGAAUGUUUUGUGUGUGAAAAUCCCUCCAUGUAUACACAUGCAGUUUGUUCCUAUUGAUUCCUUUAGUUGUACACUGUUGGUCUAUUUGAUUCUAUUUGGUUGUUAAUAUUUGUAUUUUAUUACAGUUUUUAUUUUUCUUAUGCCUUCACUAAGUCUCCAUGUUUCUUCCUGAACUGCAUUUAUGUUGUUUUACAAGAUACUUAGUCCUGGAGGCAGCCAUAUUGGUUUGUUCCUUCUUUUGAUUAUGCUGCUUGUAUUGAAAACACUGUGUGUUAUAAAGCAGCCAAAUAUUAUCUUUUGAACGAAUCUGUGCGUGGUCUAUCCAGACAGGAUAGAAUAGCAUUUGUUUGUUGCGAUUAGUAAUUUUCUCGCAUCCUUUAUCAACUUCCUCAUUUAUUGUAAUUUAGAUUUGAUUUAUUGAACACUUAUUGGUUGGAUAGCUGGGUGGUCAUAUCUUUUUAGGUAACAAUGUACAUUUAAAUUUAUGUUGAAUAUUAGAACAGUCAUUUUACCC